AUGGCACCACGCCCCUCCAUCACCGGUUUCGACCCCAAGAAGUUCGCCGCUGCCUCCGCGAACGGCACAAAGGGUGACCCAUGGGCCCGAUAUGAGCAAUGGCGAUACACCGGACCCUUCUCCCGCUUCAACCGCUUCAAGGGCUCCUUCCCUGGCCUCGGAAUAGCCACCGUCGCAUUCGCCGGAUACGUUGUUGCCGAGCAACUGUUCUUCAAUGACAAGGACGCUCACCACGAUGAGGGCCACCACUAG